AUGAAGGAAGUGGCCCUCCCUCUCCUCCUCUCCCUUCCUUUCCUCACCCACCGAAGCUACCUCGUCAUCCUCCUCCUCUUCUUCCUCCAAGGCCAGGCUAGUUGCGGGGCACCUGGGGAAGCAGAGAGCCCUUUGCGAGUGGAGCCAAAGCGUCCGGUGGUCCGAGCUGGAGGUUCCAUUCAGCUCCGAUGCUCUCUGGCCUGCCCUCAGAAGGAAGCCAUGGUACAGUGGAAGGGACUGGAUACCAGCCUGGGUCACGUCUCCUCGAGGCCAGGCCUCAGCGUCCUGACCAUCCCCGAGGCCACACUCUCUAUGGCGGGGAUCAAGGUGUGCAUCAGCACGUGCCAAGGCAGGACCUACCAGAACAGUGUCGAGCUGCUGGUAUAUGCCUUUCCUGACAAACUGGAAGUGUCCCCAAGCACCCUGGUCCCUGGGCAAGAUGCCACCUUGGUCUGCUCAGCCCGAGAGGUCAGUCCUUUUGACAGUGUGACCUUCACCUGGUACCGGGGCGAUGAGAAGCUGGGGGGCCUGCAGCUCUUGAACAGGGAGAUUGGGCUCGAGCACGAAGCAGAGACCGGGGAGGAGCUGGAGGUGUACUGGAUCACUGAACACUGGGCCCUGCCAGCGGAGCUUGUGACGCUGGGACCCGAGCUCCGCUGCCUGGCAGAGAUGAAGCUGGAGCAGCAGAUUUUCAACCAUAGCCGGGCCAUCGCUGUCAUUUCCAGGAUGACAUCCCCAGAACCAAGCACCCCUCUGCCAACAAAGACCACUGUGGGACUGGUUCUGACCUCCUCAGAAGCCUCUACAGUAACAGGUUACAGUCCCAGCGUCCCUGACACCACAGCAUCCCCCCUAACUCUGAGCCCUGGGCCUUCACUAGCCCCUACCUCAAACUCCAGCUCUGGCUAUCCUUGCCUCCCCAAGAUAUUCCCAUCCUGGGAGCCAGGGGCCAAUGGGGGUGCCCUGAAGCUAACAUGCCAGGCAGACUGUGAACCUGGGGCAUUGGUGCACUGGAUUCAAGCCCCAGGCAGACUGGCAGACUACCAGAGACAGGAGGCUGGGGCCCAAGACACCCUAAUCCUACCGCAUCCAGGGCCCCACAACAGGGGACUAUACCAGUGCCAACUUGAACCUGGGGGCCGAAAGGAUAGUUAUUACCUGGACAAGCCCAUACUGCCUGAUAGGGAAACCUCGGACAACUCAGCAGCCCUAUGGACAGGUGGCUGCAUGCUGGGGUUGAUCCUUGUGACCUUUGUGUCUUACCGCAUGUGGAAAUGGCUCAGGGCUAAGGACUCUGCCAGUCCCCAGAACUGCGCCCAGAUUUGA